AUGGCGGACAAGAUUUCCAUCACCAUAUGCGGCGAUGGAGGUUGUGGUAAAUCGUCUAUUACAUUGCGCCUGGUCCGAUCGCAAUGGACUUCCGAAUAUGAUCCGACUAUCGAGGACUCGUACUCGGUGACUCGAACAGUGGACGGCUUAAACUACUAUCUCUCACUCACUGACACAGCCGGUCAAGAAGAAUAUCGGAGUUUGUGGGCUGCCUCCAACCUCCAGUCUGACGCUUUUCUUCUGGUUUAUGAUAUCACCAAUGCCGCCUCUCUCGAUGGGCUGUCGUGGUUCCUCGACAUGAUUGACAUUGAAGCUGAGAACAGAGUGGAGGAGAAUGCCCGUUUACUCCGCGAGAAGGGUGCCAAGGUCCGCGGCAGGAGGGAGGAUGGAUGGAAAUUCCCUCCAAUCAAGAUUGUCGCCGGCAACAAAUGUGAUCUUAAAGAUGCCAGAGUCGUCAGCAGCAAGGUCGGCUGGGAAUGGGCCAAGAGCAGAAACUGUGGCUUCAUGGAAACAAGCGCCCGAGAGAUGGUUAACAUCGAGGAGACCUUUGCCCUCAUCGUGCGCAGAGUGGUUGAGGCAAGAAGACAACACGGUGCAGGUGCCGGCUCACUGGCCCAUCAAGUCCCAUUUGCCUCCAAGGGCCAUACUCCUAACGUCAGUGGUGCUGGAGCAUCUUAUCAGAUGCCAGGCUCUAUGCAACCAGCCCGACAACCAUCCCUGCCCAAUCCUCUACCACCGACGGAGAAAUCAGGAUUCGACGAUGACAACGUUAACGUUCCUUGGUGGAAGAAAAUAUUCUGCUGCCGAGGUUGA